AUGAAGAGAGAGAGAAAGAAGAAGAGUGUUGCUAAGCUGACAGAGAAGAAGAGGAUUGAGGCCUUGUUCAGAUCUCAAAUGUGCUUCAUGAUUCAGGAUAUUAAGGAGGCAGCCCUGCUCUCUGAGCAUGUCAAUCUGCUUGCUGCUGAGGUGAAACCUGAGACAGCAGACCAGAAAAUGCGGGAUUUUGAGAUGCAGAUUGACCUGACUGAGAAGAAGCAGUGA